AUGUCAUUCUUAAAUAUUAAUUCUACCCCUCCUUUAUCUGUAUUCAAUAUACCAGAAGCUUUUGUUGAUGGAAGGAGUCCACAUGAUCAUACUCCAUUUUAUCAUCCUCAUGCAAUAGAUAUCGCUAGCUUUUGUUGGAGAUGGGAUCCAAGCAAUAUAUCAGAAGCUUUUGUUGAUGGAUCCUCAAGCUAUGUAUAUCAGAAGCUUUUGUAG